AUGCCUGACAUCGAUUCGGUGAACAUAUCCUUACCAAGUCUUCUGGAUGAGGUUUUUGCAAAAUUCUCCCCAAGAGCUAGUAAAGAGAAUAUUGGUGAACUUUUAGUUGAAUUGGAUGCACUGUUAAGUUCACGUGUGGUGCAAGCGGCUUUACAAUUGUUGGACUAUCAAAAUAUUGUUAUUUACCACAAUUCUUCCAAAACCCAACAAAUUGCUGAAAUAAACGAAGGUUAUCGUCACGGCACACUAAAAUUGGUGCGUUUGUUUCCUCGCAUUAACUACUGUACUUGUGAUAAUUUCCAGCAACAGGUGGUGGGAAACCAAACCAAUCCAUCUACAGCUCCAUACACCUGUGAACACGUACUGGCCUUGCGUUUAGCGGUUCUACUUGAAAGUGAUAAGUUGCGCUACGAAGAAUUGCCUGCGCACAAAUUGAAAACACUCUUCUCAAGGUUUUUGCCGGAUAAUGUCAUUGACGACUAA